GACCGGUGGUGGUGUUAAGAUGGCGGCGGCGCCGCGCGGUCAGAGUCGCUGAGUGAAUCGCGCGCUCGCGGCAUGGAUCGCCUUCGUGUCCCACCAGUCCCGUCCCCAGCAGUGCGAUGGGUGCCCCCCCGCCCGCUCAGGGCCCGCCCGUGGCCCGGGGCACCCGCAGCUCAGGGCAGCAGGGCAAGGCCUCACCGCCCCCUGUGCAAAGCAGGGCUUUCUCAGCUCCCGGAUCCUGGGAGUUAGUAAAAAAAAAAAACAAACCAAAACAACCAACGCCGCGGUGUGUAAAGCCAAGUGUUUACGCAGCACCCGCUGGGCCCUAUUGCAGCUCCUAUCCGCCCCCCCGGCGAUAAACCCUUCAGAGGAAAACCUUUUAUGGCUGUGAAGUCGGCGCUCAGCAUUUACAGCCCCAACCCCAGCACGCAGCCCCGUGGGGAUGCUGGGUGACCUCUGUCCCGUCACAGCCAGACAACGAAGCCAUAAUGAUAACACUGAGAUAUUUUUAGACCAGCUGCUAUCAACGAGAUUGCUUUCCCUGCAUAAAAGCAAAGGAGCCCCUCCCAGAGCAGGGAUUACCUGUCCCCUGCUGAUUUCAUUAAGCCACUCUCUCUUUUCGCCCUUCUUUUCCCCCUUCCCCGGCAGCACGAAGCAGGGGGGCUGCUGGCUGUUGGCUGGGAUGGCCGUGUAGGUGCCUUAUCUCAGUCCUCAGGUGGCCUUUGCACUUUCCCCUGCAUUAUCGAAGCGCCCACACGCCCUCAGAUUACGACAGGGCAAGGUUAGAAAGGUGUUCUGUCUGCAUCACGUGCAGCACCUGAGUAACCUGCUUGAAGGGGACGGUGAGCCAGGGCGUGUUACAACUUGGGCUGUGCAAUCUCCUGGCAGCCCUCGUGUUGCCACAGAGGAAGUUAGCAAUGGGGAGGGCUCCCCAGAGCUGAGCUCCUGGCUAAGGCAGGCGGCCCCCAGGCUUCUGCCCAAGCCAGAGCAGCGAGGGCUGUCCUUUGGAAGGAGGCACAGAGAGCAUCCCCUCCUGAUCUCCAGCCCAGCGCUGCUCUUGGCAUUUCUUCUCCUGCAGGUUUGCCCUUGUUUCCCCCUCACGUCCUGCCCAGGUGUUGGCAGGGAGAGGUCUGAGCGAGCUCGCUUCUGCUUGAGAUCUCCGCUCCCUUUGCCACUACAGCAGAGACCUUCCCCAGGCAGCAUCCUUUGCCGCGGAAUGUGCCUCCCUUCGUCGUUGUCUUCAUCAGGAGCAGCUGUGCAAUGCACACAGGUGCACUUGGCACCAAUCACGCUGUGUGCCAGCGCUGCCCCGGGUGGCAGCUCGAGCUGCUUCUGAGCUUUCUGGGAGCAAAGCCAAAAGAGCAGCUGCCAUAAUUGAUGGCAUUCCACAGGAGCUCCGUUUCCACGAAAAAUGCAGGAAUGAGAUACGAGGUGCUCUAGAAGGAACGCGCCCGGAGGGCUCAGAUCAAAACGAAGACUGCAUUUCAAUGACUAAAAUCAACCCAGCAGGCAGGCGAUGCCCCACACGCACACUGAGAGGCUGGUUAAUUGCAACCCGAUUAAAAAUCAAGCAGCAAAGAGCAGGGAGCUCGGAAACAUACAGCAGAGCUCACACACAUGCCUAUGUAUUGCACAGCGAGGUGGAAGAGGAGCAUGAUUCAGGUUCUCACUUCCCUGGUACUUCUGCCUGUCAUCAUCCCCAGAUGUUUUGUUAUUAGCAACGGCUUAAAUCAACACGAGGGAUUAGCAGGAAUGUGUGGAAAGCUGGAGUGGUUCUGCUCGUUGUGCGUGCGGUGUGGUAACACCGAUUGGCCAAGGAGCUGCGGGGUGGGUGGUGGGAAGCAGAGAGGCGUGUGCUGCUGGAUGGCACCGUGCUCCGUGUGCCUCCACCGAGCUGUGCUGCUCUGCUCCCCCGUGCAGAAAGACCAAAAAGCUUUCAGGACACUGAGAGAAGUCCAGCAGCGUCAUUCUUCCCUUUGCAAACUGAGUCGCUUAAUGUGGAUCCGUAAAAUGGCUUCAUAUAGAACAAUGCAGAGGUGGGGGAAGAGAGGAGGGGCUGAAACACAGCACCUCGGACGCUUUAUUUCCCAUUUAACUAAAUACAAACCCACCAGGUUUGCGGGUCCCUCCGUGCCUGCUGUUAGCCCUACCGCCGCUGAGCGAUGCUGUGCCCUGCGUUUCGGUCGUGCCUCCUCGUUUGCUCGCCAGGAGCCGGGCUGCCUGCUCUGCUCUGCGCCUGUUGAAUAACUGCGGGGCAGCACAUGGAGUGCAGGGAGGAAUCCCCUGGAGUCUCCCCAGAUCCUCACACCCGAGCUGAGCGGCUAUCUGGAGCUACAGAGAGGAACUUUUCCCCCCCGGUACCUCAUCUGAGGGAGCACAGGCUGCAUUCAGCCCACCGCCCCAAGGAGGGGCUGCGUUUGCAGAAAAGCAGUGUGCACCAGGCUGCUUUCGUUCUUGGAAAUCAGAUUUGCAGCAAGCCACAAGUGAUGGAAAGCGAGAUUUGCUUCAUGUGCCGCAUCCUUGGCUCAGCCUCUGCUAGCACUUCUCAGGCAGGGCAACCCAGUGUGCAUCCCAAAAUCAGGCUGAGGUGCCAGCUGGGUGCAGGGUUGGGAUGCUUUGGGGUGUCCCGUGGCUCGGGGUGCCCGCUGACUGCGCUGUUGCCAUAUGAGGUCGCUCUGUCACCGCGCCUCGACAUCCCUGCGCUGGCCCCGCAGGGCCACAGCUGUUCCCACUGCACGGAGCCAGAGUACACUGUGUUCACCCAGAGUCCUUUAUUAAGCAAAAUGUUUAUGCAUGCCUCUGCUCCGAUGAACAUCUUGGCCGGCUCACGCAAAGCCUGCUCUGCACCGCGCCUCCAGCUGCCGGCGGGCCUGGGGAAGGGUCAGGGGGACCCUGCAUUUAGGAUCCUUCUGCUGGCUGCGUCCCCACGGUGGGCAGCCCCUAGCUUGGUCUCUGUGCCAUCAGUCCUGCUGCAAGCCCUUGAUGCCUUGGGGUUGCUGCUGGCCCCUCUGAGGGGCUAUGGGAGGCUACGCUUUGGCACCGUCCCCACAAACCUGCCAGCCCUUCCCACUCCAGCAGGGCUUCGGGGUGCAGCUGGGGGUUCCAAAAGCAGCUGGUACCUGGGCCCCAGCAUGUCUCUGGCAGUGCAGAACAGCAUUCCUGGCAUUGUUCCUCCUCAGCAGCCUCCUGGCACAUCACCCCAGUGUGCUGCCGCUGUGUCCAUGCUCCUGCUGAGGCCUCCAGCCCUUCCAAGGGGUUUCCCCACUGAGAAGAAAGCUGCACACCUUGGGCAAGGGGCACCAGCACUCCAAGGUCUUAUAUAACCCUGCAGAUGAAUCCAGAGCCAUGGAAAGGUGUUGGGAAGCUGCUGGGGACCUCAGGACACCAAUGUGGGAUGAGGACAGGUCCCAUCCUAUGGGAUGCAAAAGGAUGGGCACAUGAGCUGGGAUCUGUACUGUGGGUCCCACAGUUGAACAGGGCCUCAAGGAAUGGCUCUGUCUCAUGUUUUGGAGGGUCACACGAGAUGGAGCAUCCCAGUAGCACAGCAGGGCUGCAACAAACCAGUGGGACCAGUGCUGAACUGGUGAUCUUUCAGGUGAUGCGAUGGGUGCCUUGUAAGAGAGACCAGCCCCGUGUGUUUGACAGGGAGAAGAAGGGAUCUGCAGCAAACCUCAGGGCUCACUGCCUUGAAUUUGGCACGCCAAAAAACUGGUGGCCACCAGGUGCCAAUGGCCUUCGUGUCGGUGACAUCGUGCCAUUGGACACGCAGGUGUGCCCGGCCGCCCGUGCAGGCUGGGGGACUUUCCCAAGAGUGCUGGCUUUUGGCAGAGCUGGUUGCCCAAGCAGCCCCAUGCCCCUGCCAAGCUGCGUGCCACGGCCCUUGCGCAAUGGUGUUGAUAAACACUGCAGGGCAUGCCAAGUCCUGUGGGCCGCAGCUGUGUGCUGGGGCUGCAGGGAGUGCCCGGCGAGGCAACAGGAAUUUUCCACUCGGCAGAGUACGUCUCGCCCAGCCGGGUAUUGACCCAGCGAGGUGAAGACUUGUCUGCUGGUGUCCCAGCUGCCUGUCUGACCCUACCAGCCUUGCUGCACAACCCUGUUCUGGGUACUAGUCAAGGCUGGGGUUGGCACACCAAUGGGACUGGGAUGGGGUGCCACUAAGCCCAAGGCAAUCUAGCUAUCCCCAUGGAGACGUUGUGUCCUUAGCUUUCCCUUUCCAAGGAUGUUAUUGCUUUCCAAGAAUAAGGACCUUGUCCUGAGGGCGUAGUCCAUGUCCCCAGGACUUGCUUUGUCCUUGGGAUGGAGAUCUCUUCGGUGUUCCUCUUUGCAUGCACCCCACAUGGUGCUGUGGUGGUCCUUUCUGAGAGCCUUCCUUCUCAGGGCUGCAUGGGGAAAGCCACUGGCAAUGGGAUGCACAUGUAGGUGGUGCCCUGUGGUCCCAAACCUUGGAGUGGCACAGCGGGCCCAGUUUAGGACAUUCCUGCUUGGUUUAAAGGGGCCUGAGGGGCAGAGAUCCCAACCAUUCCUUUGGGGAAUCAUUUCAGACCCUGAUGUCCAGCUCUCAGGUUUGCUGAGGGGCUCCAUCAGCACUUGGUUUGCUGCAGAAGUUGGGCAGGGAGUUAAAGGAACCUCCUUCCCUUCCCUUCCCUUCCCUUCCCUUCCCUUCCCUUCCCUUCCCUUCCCUUCCCUUCCCUUCC